CUAUUAUUAUUUACAGUUCUCCUCCAGACAGAAUCUCCGAGGUUUGGUGUAAUAAAAAUCCGGAGUAUUUCAGAUGUUUUGAAAUUAAAUUGGCAGUGAUAUAUAAAAUGUCAGCACAAGACGCUGGUAAUAUCAUUGCUGGCAUGCGUGAAAUUAUAACGUAAAACUAAUGAAGAGAAGCAGUUCUGAGCUGGGCAGUUGUAGAAGAGAAGUAGAGAAUCGUGUGGAUCCCAAUGACACAUCAGAUCAAAGUUCUCCUGUUCUUGGAUAGCAGGGGGGAUGGGAAGAAGGAAAAGGGAGCUAAUACAAAGAAGCACACAGGAAUAUGAAGAGUGAUAUGCAGAGUCCGUCACACAAGAAACUAAGCCGGCAUUGAACAACGAUCUUGAUCACAUUGAGCAGAUCAAAGGAUCUGUUUCAUUUAAAAGCAUAUCUCAAAGAUCCUUCCAAAACUUCUCAAUCUAGAAAAAGUUCUUCAGCCUGCCGGACCUGUUUUUCUCUCGCCGUGUUCUUGGUGAAGACUCACUUUAACUCUUUGCUGAAUUCCAUGGAGUACAAGUCCAACUGCCCACCUUCCCGGGUGGUUAUAAUCGGAGCUGGUUUUGCUGGACUUGCUGCAGCUACCACCUUAGUAAAGCAUGGAUUUAAGGACCUAGUCAUUCUUGAAGCUUUAGAACGAGCUGGUGGCCGGGUCUGGACACAUAAACCAUUUGGGACUGCUGCCUUAGAGUUGGGUGCGACAUGGAUCCAUGGCCAAAAGGAUAACCCACUUUACAGCAUGGCCAAACAGCAUGGACUUCUGGCAGAAGAAGGCUUUAAUAUGGUCAGCUGCCAACCAGUUGCAGUUACCCCUGAGGAUUACUUCUUCACAGAGCAUGGGAAAACUCUCCCAACCGAACAAGUAGAACAAGUUACUGGAUUUUUCGGUAGAUUGAUGUCUAAGAUUAUUGAACAAGAUUUUAAUCUGGACUGUGGAUCCUGGUCUGUUGGGGAGUACUUGGAUAAGGAAUUCACAAAGACCAACUUUUCAGACACAGAAGUGUCUAAGGGAGUCUAUGAGUGGUGUAAGCGUGCUGAAUGUGUUGAUGAGGCUUGUAACUCAAUGUAUGAGUUCUCUUUGAGCCAGCUUAGCCUCUACACUGCACUGGAAGGUCCAUUUUUUAACUGUCUUGGUAGCGGAGGUUACCAAGCAUUGCUUAAUAAAUUGCUGGAACAGCUACCUCCCAAUUCUCUCCGGUGUCAAAAACCAGUUCAGUGCAUUCAUUGGGAAGGGUUGCCUGUAGAAUCGAGCAAUGUUUCUGUCUAUCCGGUAAAAGUACUUUGUGAAGACGGUGAGGAAUUUCCAGCAACUCAUGUAAUUGUUACAGUGUCUCUUGGCUGCUUGAAACAUCGGGCAUCCAACUUAUUUGAUCCACCACUACCACGAGGUAAGAUGGAAGCAAUUUCUCGACUGGGGUUCGGUACAGUGGCCAAAAUAUUUCUAGAAUUCUCUGAGCCAUUUUGGCCUGAGGACUGUGCAGGAAUACAGCUGGUGUGGGAUUGUGGCCCUGAGAGCCCCGAGGGAUAUGCUGAUUGCAAGAGAGGAGAAUUCUGGCGGUCAGAGUGGUAUAAGAAGAUCGGAGGGUUUGAUUGUGUUCCAAUGCAUCGUAGCACUCUCUGCGGCUGGAUCACUGGGCUUGCUGCAGAACACAUGGAAACUCUGCCUGAGCGUGAAGUGGGAGACAUAUGUGUCAGUUUGUUGAAGCGUUUCACUGGCUGGCCUGUGACAGAGCUGCGGGGGGUUCUGCGUUCCACAUGGCACAGUAACCCCUACAUUCGAGGCUCCUACACCAACGUGCCAGUGGGAGUGGAUGCGAUAAAGGAGCAGACGGCAUUACAAGAGCCUCUUCCAUCAACCCAUCAGAAGAAAAAAAUCAGGCCUCUGCAGGUGCUGUUUGCUGGUGAAGCCACCCACACCAAUUUUUAUACAACAACUCAUGGGGCCUACCUAAGUGGAGUUAGGGAAGCAGAAAGAAUCUUGAAGCUGUAUGAGACCAAGGCAAGCCCACGUCUGUAAAUCUUCCAGUUACCACUUGACCCACAAAACACUAGGAAUGCGAAACCUACAACAUAAGGACUUUCUAUGCCCUUUCUAUGCCACCUGCUCUAUAGUACAUGAAUGAACUUGGAAUGCAAAGCUACAUCUACAGAAACUCUGUGCUCUACCAAGUCUACAAUUAAAAGAUCAGCUUGCAAUACGGAGGCCAUAUGUUUUUUAUUUUAUAUAAUUAUCGAUUGCCUCCACUAUUCACUAUUGAAUGAGAAACAUCCUUCACUGGAUCUGAUACUGUGAAUGUAUGGCUAUAUGUUUUAUGCAGUUGUAACAGAAUUAAUUCCUUUAUAUAUUUAAUGAAAAGUGUC